CAAACGAACAUGCCAUUAGUAGAGCUCGUCUUCCAACCCGACAACCCAUGCAACACGAACAUAUUCUCCUCUCGGUCCGGGGACAUCGACGACGAACCGCUGUAUACGGUAUCAACCGAUUUCAGCGGUAAAAACCCCGUAACGUUCGUCAAGGACGCCUUGGGGAGAGUGCUGGGGAGCGCUGAGUGGCGGGAUAGCAUAAGAGGCGACAAGAUUACUUUGGGAGAGGGGGCGAACGCGGUAGAUGCGACGGGCUGGUUGAAGAAGAGCAUGGUCCCUCUGAAAGAUACAGUGAGGUUUGAAGAUGGACGAGGGGGCAAGUACAAGUGGAAGGGCAAUAGACCGGGCCUGUCUUUAGAGUUAUACGCCGAAGACGACAAAUCACAGCCUAUCGCACGCUUCCACAAAUCCCGGACGGACCGGACGACGUCACCACCUACAAUGAGUCCCGCCAAGCUAGUCGUGUCCGACCGGGCGCAAACGGUUCUGGACAUGGUGGCGAUAUCGUUCUUGUUCCUGGAGAAAAACAGGAGGGUGAACGAUAGAGCGUCGCAGAGUAGGGCGGACGCAUUGGGGACGCGGUUUGGGGCGGGAAACAUAGGUUGA